CCACACACUUCUUCUUAUUUGCUAUCUUCUCCUUCUAAACAUGCCGUUUCCGCCUCGCCGUCGUGUAAGCGUCAACGGGAACCAAAGGAUGAGAACUUAUCAUUACUACUGGUGUCGACGCUGUCAAAGAACAUUUAGAACCAGCUCAAAUAAUAUAUCUGAAACUGUCUGCCCACGGUGUUUAGGUAUUAUUCCCGAUGAGCUUGAUUUCCAACGGCCUAGGUUGGUAUCCAACAUCGCAGAUAUUGAACCGUCUUUAGCCACACAAUUUAUAGAGAAUUUGGCUCUUCUAUUUGACCCACCCGAGCCACCACCACAAUUUAUCAGACAACAAGGUCCUAAUACUGAAAUUGAACAAGGUCUAGAUUCCAACUUUAUUUUCCAUGUGACUGGCUUGCAACCUAAUGGUGAAUCUCUUAGUCAUCAAAAUGCAACUUUUGAGGAACCGAAUGAUGUUUCCAAUGAAGAAGAGGGCACAAGGUCACCACCAACACCAAUUUCAGUUAUCGAAGCCUUGCCACUUGUCAGCCUAACUCAAUCUCACUUGGCUAACAAAUCAGAUUGCCCAAUUUGUAAAGAUGAAUUUGAAGUUGGAGGAGAAGUAAGGGAGUUACCUUGUAAACAUUUUUAUCAUCCCGAUUGUAUCAUUCCCUGGCUAAGUGUUCAUAAUACAUGCCCCGUAUGUCGAUAUGUGAUACAAGGUCUCUUAAACAAUUAUGCCCACACACAUUAUGAAGAAGAUGGUUUCGCAAGACAAGGUUCUCGAAACUCUAUCAACAUGAAUCGGAGCUUAGAGCAAUUUAUCACUUUAUGGCCUUUCAGAGCUUUCUCAAACUCGACAUUUGGACAUGCUAAUUUUCAUGACAUGAAUAAUCCAACUUCUCUCUUAGAUAGAAUUGGCGACACACUUGGUUCGGUUUAUGACUUCUUAUUUAAUUUGGUGUCACCUUUUAGAAAUAAUAUAUAUUAAGACGUUCUAAACAAGAUAAGAUAAAUUUCAUAAUGUAUGUCAUUUGAACAAUUUAAAAAUGACAAUAUUAUUCAAUGAAAAUAUUGAAAUUCGGUUCUAUCAAAGAUAUGUGUUGGAUUGGAUCCUUACACUACUCUUUAUUUGGAUUAUUCUUGUGUGAUGUUCAUGUUAAUAUUCUCUAGAUUGAUCCUUGUAAAAUACGUCUC